UUUUUCCUCUGCAAAUUCAUUCAAAGGAUGAGUAACCAACCAGCAAAAGACGGUGCUGUUCCUCCACCCGUUUCAGAUAGCAAGGCUGCUGCAGCUGCUGCAGAGACAAAACCAAAGAAGAAGAUAUGUUGUGCUUGCCCUGACACCAAGAAGCUGAGAGAUGAGUGCAUCGUCGAGCAUGGUGAACCAGCUUGCGCUAAAUGGAUCGAAGCUCAUAAAAUGUGUCUCCGUGCUGAAGGUUUCAACGUCUGAAAAAGGCUUCUUUUUUUUCCUACUUAGAAUAUAUAAUUUGAUGGAUCAAAAGUAAUGAGAGCAGUUCAUUGCCCCCAAAGAACAAGAGAUUGAUUCAUCUUGAGGAUUUGUAUUUGGAUACAGAGUCCCCAUUUUGUUGUGGUUGAAAAUAAAAGUCCAAAGAAACUAAACAAGCAUCGAUCUUUUCAAAUA